CUCCACCGCAAGACAGAACACUUUUCUCAGCGGGACCCUUCCUUCAAACACCAGCCCACGAUUACAAAAAAAAAAAAGAGAGGCACUGCAACUCCAGGGGAGAAGAUGAGCCUGUUGUACUCUCGGAUACCCGUUCUCCUGCUGCUCCUUGGCCUCCAGCAAGCUCUGGGCUUCUGGCUCAUCAACAUCAUCUUCCCCCCGAAUGCGGGGCCCCCUCGGGUGCCCAGCAACAGCACACCACCUCUCAUUCUGGUUCCAGGGAAGUUGGGAAACCAGCUGGAGGCCAAAAUUGAUAAACCCAGUUUAGUACAUUGGAUGUGCUACAAGAAGACAGACAACUUUUUCACCCUCUGGAUUGACCUCAACAUGUUCAUGCCCAUUGGCGUUGACUGCUGGAUCGACAACAUAAGGAUUGUGUAUAACAGGACUACACGCAAAACCUCCAAUGCCCCAGGAGUGGAGGUGAGAGUUCCAGGGUUUGGGCAGACAUACCCAGUAGAGUUUCUUGACACCAACAAACUAACUGGGUACCUUCACACUAUGGUACAGCACUUGGUCAACAUGGGAUAUAUUCGCAACGAGACAGUCAGAGCAGCACCCUACGAUUGGAGGAUUGCCCCCAAUGAGCAGGAAGAAUACUUUUCUCGGCUCAAAGCCCUGGUGGAGGAGAUGUACGAUGAGUACAAGCACCCAGUUCAUCUGCUGGGGCACAGUAUGGGGAGCAAUUAUAUCCUCUACUUCCUGAACCAGCAGCCCCAGUCUUGGAAGGACCAAUACAUCAAGAGCUUCAUUUCUCUGGGGGCACCCUGGGGAGGGGCUGUUAAGCCCCUCAGGGUGCUGGCAUCUGGUGAUAAUGAUGGCAUCUCGCUGAUGUCUACCAUUAAGAUUCGUGAGGAACAGCGGAUGACCUCAACCAACCCAUGGAUGGUUCCAUCAGAACUGGCGUGGCCCUCAGAUCAUGUCUUCAUCUCGACUCCUUCUUUCAACUACACGCUGCAGGACUACAAACGCUUCUUUCACGACAUAGACUUUGCGGAUGGCUGGUACAUGUGGGAGGACACCAAGGACCUAAAUGCUGGUUUGCCACCCCCGGGUGUAGAGGUAUACUGCUUGUACGGUGUCGGACUGCCCACCCCGGUCACCUACGUGUAUGACGAGCAGUUCCCCAAUGCAGACCCAGUGGACUUUGUGUAUGAUGAUGGUGAUGACACAGUAGACAGCCGCAGCAUGAGCCUGUGCAAGCGAUGGGUCGGUCAGCAGGACAAGCCUGUCCACAUCACAGAGCUCCGAGGCAUGCCCCAUCUGGACAUUGUCUUUAACAACAAAGUACUCACCUUGAUUCAGAAAAUCUUGGAGGGUAAGCCAUAUCCCUCAGACCAGAUGUCUGCUUCCAGCCCUACCCCAAAACCAAAUGGUCAGCCUACCAUGGCCAACACCUCUCCACCAGUUUAGACUGCUUCCCCUGCACCAACGCCUAAAGGUGAGAGCGAGGGGCUAGACAUGUAACGCAAUGACAUCCUCUAGAAAGUUUUAUAAUAGACAUACACUUUGCUGCUAGCAUUGAGAGGCAAAAUGUGUGUCUCCCUAAAUAAUUAAUGGCAACAUUCUUGUUCUUUUAUUAUCAGAUUAAACUGACUGACAUGCUUCCCAGGAUUUGCUUUAACUAUACAACCUUGUGCUGGAUAAACAAUUUGUGAAAAUGGAUGAAUGAAUGUGUGGAUGGAUGGAUGGAUGGAUGGAUGGAUGGAUGCAUUGAAGAUAUGCUCAAACGAUUUUGUAAUAAUAUCAGUUAAGAAAAAGCAGUUUAUUCAUGUAACCUCUACGUUUGUACUUUGUGUGCCAUGUGGCUUAUACUUUGUGGGCUCUAUGCUGAAAGUACAAUAAUACAGAUAAUAUGUUUUUUUUUUUUUUAACACAUUUACCUACAGAACUUUUACAUACUUUAUACAUUGUAACCUAAAUUAGUCAAUGUCUUUGACUGGAAAAUUCUGUUACUCUGUCUGCUGGACUUCAAGGUGUUCAGAUUUGCUCUCUAGAUCUGCCAAAAGUUUACCUCUACCUCUCCCUGUUGUGAUUAAAAGUGCUAAAAAUAAAAAAGGUUUAGACUAGAA